AUGACAACCACGAACGACACCAAGCAAGCGACGCUCGACUUUGAGCGAAAGCCCUCGAUCGAGAUGAUCGAGGACAUGGGUGACCUCAAGAAACUUAUCGAGGCUGUCGCGACUGAGGUCAUCGAAAAUGCUCGACUGCUCCGAAUGAUAGACAAACGAGUACUUCCCGUACUAGUCUGGUGCUAUCUUUUACAGAUCUUGGACAAGUUCGUUUUUGGAUAUGACAAUGUGUACGGUAUGAGCACCUCACUCGGCUUGAAGGGUACGUAUUAUCCUCUAGCGUCGACUAUAAAUAAUGUCGCUCAGGCUGCCUGA